AUGGUCAAGUGUUGCGAUGCCUCAACUGACGUCAGCCGUCAUGGGUUCGAUUUGUUGAUGCGAAUAAGUUCGUCGUUAAAAGUUGAUGGUGAGGUUCCGCUUGCUUGCAUUUGUUAUUUCAAGAUGGUAAAGGAAUCUCAUUUUCAAUAUUCAAUAAGUUCAGUCGAACCGACUGAAAAACAAGUUCCAUGUCGAAUGAGCGGUGCGGGUUGUCUUAUAGCAAUAAGUGACGAAGGUGAUUACAUAACAGGUGGACGUGAUUAUCAUUGCGCUCUCCGACGUGGACGACCAAAAUGCUGGAAUGAAAAUCAUCAACGAAAAUGUUGCUGUUUUACUCAUUUGUGCAAUAUUAAAAUUUUAUAG